AUGAGUUACACAAUCGAGGACCAAGCAGAAGAUGAAGAAAAAGUGCAAGAGGAAGGAAGCGAAAGUGAAGUAUUGCAAAACAUCAACAUGGGCGACUCCAAUUAUUUUUGUCCUGUGUCACUGAGCGACCGAAAUAUAUUGUGGCCUUGUAACGGAGACAUCAGAGCCGCAUACAGAGAAAAGGUUUAUUUCUUUUCCAGUGAAGAAGCUCUCGAGAAGUUCCUAGCAUCUCCGCAGUCCUACGUGGCCAAGAAAAAACCUCUCAAGAUUCCUCCAAUUCGUCUGCUCAUAGCCGGCCCGGUAGGUUCCGGCAAAACAACACUCGCUCGCCAUCUGACGAACAAAAUUGGCCUCUGCCACAUUCAGUUUCAGGAGUAUCUACACGAAAUAAUCAUCAAGAAAACGAAGAAGAAGAUAACAUUCGGCAUUGACUUUGCCGAUUCGGAAACCGAAGAUUUUGACAUGCUCGAAGGAGGAUUCAACAAAAAAUUUCAAGCACGGACUCAUCUUCAGGAAAGGAGUGCCUGUCUUGAGUAUGGAGAAUUAUCAACUAAAGAUGAGCUUAUAUCAAAUUAUUUAUCUGCCUCUAAUCUCAAAGACAAAACUUUGCCAGACGACGUUUUGCUGGAAGUGUUCGACGAAUUUUGGAAAGGCAAGCGUUUCCGAACGACUGGUUUUGUGUUGGAAGGUUUCCCGUCGAACGAGGCGGAAGUCAUCCAGAUGGGGAGGUUGGGGUUGUACCCGAGUGCCGCGCUCUUCCUCAACGUUGACGCUGAUGAAGCCGUGAAAAGGUUAUUGCCAGAGAGAAUUCGCAAGUGGAAAAUUAAGCAGCAUAAAAAACAGGAAUUCAAACGGAAGUUGAGAGAGUACUACGUUAAAGAACGCUCAAAAGCAAUGGAGGCAAGGAAGAAACAACUACUGGAGCAGAAGGCUGAUUAUAUGAAGAAAUUGCUAGAGAUGAGAAAGGAAUUUAACGUAAUGGAAGAAGAAGAAGAAGAUGAUAGUUUGGACUUGAAAGAGUACGAAGAGAACAUCAGGCAGAGCAUCAUCAACUGGUACGAAUUCGAGCAGGAAGAGAAAAUUAAGAUAUUAAUUAUUUGUGCUUCGUCAACCCUGCUUAAUAACAUGAAAAUGCAGAAUCAGUUGAAAAAAAUGUUGGUCUCGACUUUUGAACUGGACACAAACAAAAGAUUGACAACUGUUACCUAUCAGCUGAACAAGAAAUUGAAACCGUUUCUAGAAAAGUUUCGCAGUCUUUUUGAACACGUGUCUCCAAUUUCACUAUCGUUGGCAGAAGAUCUUUUGAGGUCAGGCUACAAACACUUGAGUAGAUUCGAUCGCUGGUGUCCUGUCAUGCUGGCGGAGGGCUCACACAUGCAGCAGGAUCCAAGCCUUCCGAGAUAUCCUGCGGUGCACAGAGCAUUUAUCUACUUCCUAUCGAGUCAGGAAGCGCUAAGGUCAUUCGUGAGAGAUCCGUUGCAUUACCUCUGCUCUAUUCCUUCGAAAAUGGUGGUCCCUGUUAACGUGGCUGUCAUCGGUCCGCCGAGGUCCGGCAAAACCACAAUUGCCUCUCGUCUGGCGAACGAUCUCGUGAUUGCUCGCAUAUCAGCCGGGGAUGCAUUGCGUCAAGUUCUUCAAAUGUGGCCAACCUGCUUCCUGUCGAAACAAAUAUUUUCAUCUCUCAACCAGGGAAGCACUGUGCCAGAUGCCCUGACCGCUAAAUGUCUGAACAUGGUGCUCAUGGACCCACUCUGUGCCAUCAGAGGCUAUGCACUGGAUGGCUACCCGAUGACGAUCGACCAGAUACAGGCCAUUGAAGCCAGGGACAUACAGCCUCUACGUAUUAUUUAUUUGAAGAUCAGCAAAGAACAGCUCGCACAUCACUGGCAGCUUAAUCGAGACAACAGACUACAAACGCUACAUGAACCUCUUCUGGAUGACAACGAAUUUCUCGAAAAUCGUCUCAAAGAAUAUCUCCUGUACGAGCCUGCGGUCCGUGGCUGGUACAAGGAAGGGCGCAACAUUUUGCACGAGGUCCCUCUCGAGAGAUCUAGAUGGUGGGUGUGGAGCAGGGUAGUCGAUGUCAUCAUGAACGGCAUCGACUGCGUGCGUCAUCAUGCCGAGGGACUCUCCAAAGACGGAGUGGCCAGCAUCGUGGGUUUGGGCAUAACUCCGCAAGAAUUCAGACAAAAACUUGGACCUUGUGAAGAAUAUUGUCCCGUCAGUUUGAUCGAUAAGGGCGAGUUGAUUGAUUGUUCCAGACAGAAAACUAUUGAAUUUGCUGCUGAAUUUAAGGAUGUGUACUACAGACUGGCUGGAGAAAGCGAAUUGGCAACAUUUCUGAACAACCAUUUGUUGUACGUGAGAGGCCGGCCAGUUCCCCCCAAACAGUGCAGACCCGUGAGGAGGUCGAGAGAGGAGGCCCAAGCAAUGUUCGGUCCGAAGCAAGGUUUGUUGGGUUUCUGUCCAGUGACUUAUCACCAAGGGGAUUUCAUGUACCACAGCUUAAUAAGAGGGUAUCCUGACCACGCCGUUGAAUACAUGAACACCAUUUAUUAUUUCACCUCAGAAGAUAAUCUUGAAAAGUUUAUGAGAAAGCCGAAAAUGUAUCACGCCAUAAAAAACCCCACAAUAAUUCCACCAGACCUUGCUCCUCUCAGCGCUACCAGCCUGCCGAUUCCUGGAUAUCUCGAACAGAAAGUCAGCCAUGAUUUGAUAAAAGCCCUUACAGCUUGCGGAAAUUUGAAGCCUAAAUAUCCAUUUCUGUCGGCUCAAAAAUCGGCCAUCAUAUACGUCGGACUCUAUUUGAAAGCCCACAACGCCCUCUCCUCAGUCUUCACUCGAAGACGAUACCAUCAGAAGUUGAAGAUUUUCGAGGAGCGUUGCGACUUGAUUCGAUACCUGAGCUUGAACAUGGGUCGGAACUUCAAGGAAGGCCACGAAAGGCCCGCGGGGUUCGAUGCCAAGUUGAAGGAUUUUUUCAGGCUACAGGGUGUCGAAGAUGUCAGAAAGUCGAAGAAGCAUAAGUGA